AAACAGAAAAGAUAUCGAUUUAUUUUUUACUUCUCUCCAAAAUGCAACAUGUUGCUUAGAAUAUUCAAUGUCAGUAAUAAACAUUUUACCCCUGUUUUUUUUUUCGGAACUGAGUACAAGUUUUUCCCCACUUUAUCGUGGUGAAUAUGGAGAAAAAUUUCCCCAUUUAUGAAAGUAGAGGAGAAUUUGCCCCCUUAGCGACCUUUUGUUGUUGUUUCACGUAUGGUUAUCUCGAGAACGCGCUGUUGUGCCUGCAACUCUCUAUCUAUAUCACCGUCGUUUCACCGCCGAACGAGUGAGCGGAACGCAUAAUACACCGAGACCAACCAGUCGAGGUCGUUACGUUGUCAGAGUCGGGAACCAGAUGAUAGUAUCUUCUUCCCUUGUUGCAGUUUUUAUGUGUCUUUUUGUCAAAUAGAAAUAAAUUAAUAAAAAAAAAAGCUGUUAUCUCUCCAAAAAAGAUAAUAAUUCGUCGCGCCGAGUGAGAAACCCGUGACACAUUUUCUGUGUGAAAUUGUUACAAAAUUUCGUGAAAGAAAUUCAUCAAAAAAAGUGAAAACGAUUACCAAAAAAUUUUUUUUUGGAAAAAAGUCCUUUUUUUCUUCUUCUUCUUCGUCUUGUGAUUUUAAUAUGAAAUAAAAAAAGUUUAAACAAAAAGUAAAAUAAACCCAAAAAAAAACAUACAAAACUAUGUUAAAAUGAGUACAACAACAUCAGCAAAUACAACUCCUGCAUCAAAUGGUGGCAACACUGGCGCCAAUGACAAUAACAACACUACCACCAGCAACAACACAGGCCAAUCCAGUGCAUUGCUAAACAAUUCAAACAAUUCAAAUACAACAACAAAUAACGGAAGCAUUGGUGGACAAAAUAACACAUCCUCAUCUGCAUCAGGGCCCCCACCAUCAUCAACUCAUCAUCCACCAACAUCAACAAUUACAUCGAAAUCCAUAGGACCACCCCCGAUUCCACCAACCAAACCGAUUCUCUCCUCCCCCGGUGCAUAUAAACACAAUUAUGUUAAUUCGACAAAUAUUAAUCUCAGUAGUUCAGGUACCCUAACGGCUGGUAUCCACAGUGUGAAUAAAGCCCAUUUGCCACCGGGCACCGGUGAGAAGCCGGCGAUUGCAGCUCGACCAAUACCGCCGCCAACAUUGCCCAAAUAUUCGUCGAGUUUUGGCAAAAUCGAUCGUGAGCGCAAUGAUUUUGCCAAAUUGGAUCGAGCUGAAAGGGAAAAGGAGGGAAUCGGUGGCUCGUAUCGUUUAGCUAGCCUGGAUCGGUUGGCAAACCGACAGCGACUUCUCGAGCAGAAUGGUGGUAUGGGUAAUGUAUCACUUGAAAAGAAUGGCAUUGGCGGCAUUAAUAAUUAUGAAUCAACUAAUGGACAUUCUGCCAAACAAAUAAUGUCAUCAACGAAUUUAUCAACAACAAUAAAUAAUACAACAUCGGCUACAGUGAUGCUGCAAUCGAAGCGUGAGAUGUUCUUCAAGAGCGACUCACACAGCAGUCCAUCUGGUCCACCGCCUACACCACCAACGUUAAACAAUCAUGUGAAUAGUAAUUCAACAUCACAGAAUUCCUCAAUAAACAACACACCAUCAGCAGUUAAUGAUAAACACCAUCAUAUUAGCAAUAAUAUACAAAACAAUCACCACAAUAUUAACACAUCUUCAUCAACACUCAACAGCAGUUCAUCGUUAAUAUCACAAGAACAACAGCACAGUAAGAUAUCUUCUAAUUCGACAACAACAACAACAAUUAACUCCACUACAGCGACAUCUGUUGGCGGAGUUGGUGUCGGUGGCGGCGGAGGCGGUGUUCAAUCGAAUGUUACAGCCCUGGCGAAUAAUAUCAAUAAUUUGUCUCUAAAGGAGAAACAACAACAGCUCCUAAUGAAUAAUGAUAGUUACUCAGAUUCAAAUAAAAUCGCUAGCGAGCGUUAUGAUAAGGAAAAAGUUCAAGCGAUAACACGACCUAAACCCAAGGAAUUAGAUGGCUAUGUUGGUUUUGCUAACUUGCCAAAUCAGGUUUAUCGCAAAGCCGUGAAAAAGGGUUUCGAAUUUACCCUUAUGGUUGUGGGUGAAAGCGGUUUAGGAAAAUCAACACUGAUUAAUUCUAUGUUCCUGUCGGACAUUUAUAACCAGGAUCAACAUCCGGGACCAUCACUACGUAUUAAAAAAACAGUUGCUGUUGAAUCGACAAGGGUUUUGCUCAAAGAGAAUGGUGUUAAUCUAACACUGACAGUUGUAGACACACCUGGAUUUGGUGAUGCAGUUGAUAAUAGUAAUUGUUGGGUACCCAUAAUUGAUUUUGUAGAAAGUAAAUACGAAGAAUAUCUAACAGCUGAGUCCCGUGUCCAUCGCAAGGCAACACCCGACAAUCGUGUACAUUCUUGUUUAUAUUUUAUCGCUCCAUCUGGUCAUGGCCUCAAGCCACUCGAUGUUGAAUUCAUGCAACGUUUAUGCGAUAAAGUGAAUAUUAUUCCAGUUAUUGCCAAAGCCGACACAAUGACACCCGAAGAAGUGCAACUAUUUAAGAAACAAAUUCUCAACGAAAUUGCUCAACAUAAAAUUAAGAUUUACGAUUUCCCUGAGCCUUUGGAAGAUGAAGAGGAGGCCAAAGCUCUGCGACAAUUAAGAAGUCGUGUGCCAUUUGCUGUUGUCGGUGCAAAUACCGUUAUUGAAGUUGAAGGAAAGAAAAUUCGAGGACGAAGAUACCCAUGGGGUAUUGCUGAGGUUGAAAACCUUGAUCACUGCGAUUUUAUUGCCCUACGCAAUAUGGUAAUUCGAACGCACCUUCAGGACUUGAAGGAUGUCACUAAUAAUGUGCACUAUGAAAACUAUCGGUGUAGGAAAUUGGCCGGACUUGGAGCUGAUGGAAAAGCCAGAUUAACCAACAAUUUUUGCCCUCAAGGAAUUAUGAAUAGCUUUAUGAUUGUUUGGAAUCCCCUUGCUCAAAUGGAAGAAGAAAAACGUGAACACGAUUUGAAAAUGAAAAAAAUGGAAGCCGAAAUGGAACAAGUAUUCGAAAUGAAGGUGAAAGAAAAGAAACAAAAACUUAAAGAUUCUGAACUUGAAUUGACAAGGCGACACGAGGAGCGUAAGAAGGCCCUCGAAAUACAGAUACGUGAAUUGGAAGAACGUCGAAGAGGAUUUGAUCAGGAGAAGAAAGAUUGGGAAGAGUCAAACCACAUUACACUAGACGAACUUAGACGACGAAGCUUAGAAGCGAAUAGUAAAGAGACCGCAUCAAUGACAUCACGAGGUUCGGAUGAGUCGAAGGGUCGGCGUGUUUUUGGAUCAUUAUUACGUCGCCAUACUAGUUUUGGAGCCCCAGAUGCUCAUCUCCAUCGGGGUGGUGGCAACACUCCAGCCAUACCAUCGGCUGGAAUCAACUCAACCAAUUCAUUACCACCAAAUUAACCGUCGACGGCAAAGACAAAAAAGACAAGAAAAAGAAGAGUUUGUUCUAGAGGUCAAUAUCUUGAGUGGAGGAAUACACUCAUAGGAAAUAAUUAAUAAAACAAACAAAAAAAAAAAACAAAAA